AUGCCGACAGCACCGUUGCUCUUCCCUCUCCGCACACGCCGGCACCGGCCUGUCCCCGGAGCACCCAGCAGGGCCCCCCCACUUACCCACGAGGACCUCCUGCCCGUCCACCCGAGCACGGUGCUUGUAGAGCGUCAGGGCGAAGGCAGAGCCGGUGCCGGCGCCGCCGCGUUCUGUGACUCCGGAGCUCUCUCUCCCGCAGGGCGGUUCUUCUACCAGCGGCUGGUGGAGUUCAUGGCCAGUGGCCCCAUGUGGGCGUAUAUCUUGGCCCAUGAGAAUGCUGUCCCCCUCUGGAGAUCCCUGAUGGGACCCACCAAAGUCUUCCGAGCCCGAAACAACGUCCCAGACUCCAUCCGAGGAGCUUAUGGCCUCACGGACACCAGGAAUACCACUCACGGCUCAGAUUCUCCAGCAUCAGCCAGCAGAGAAAUUGCCUUUUUCUUCCCAGAGUUCAAUGAACAGCUCUGGUACCAGCAGGAAGAGCCACGUCUGCGCUGUGGGCAGGUGUAUUACAAUGUCGAGGAGCGUGUCCACUGUGUGCUCAGGGCUGAGGAAACAGAGCAGAGCUGAGCUACCUGUGGGUGUGGUUUGCUGGGUGGAAGCAUCUGCUCAGCACGCUGAGCCAGCGCCGUGGCAGGACGCAGCCACAGAGUGUUUUAAGGAGCGUCAGGGAGGGAAAGACCUAAUGCACAUCAUGUUAUGCUACCUGGGAUUAUGUUAUUCAUGCAGUGUAUGGGAGCUGGGGCAUUUUAGGAAAAACUUCUCAAGUAGCAGUACUCCAGCUCCAUACAGAGGUCUAGCCACGCAGUUCUUUGCUGCGAGUGGUACAGGUGAGUCCAUCAAAGGGCUAGGUGGAAGGGGGUUGCUAGUUCCAGUUAGGAUAUGAUUGGUUUUCCUGGGCCUUGGAUUCUUAAUAUUUGCUCUGUUCCCACAGUCCAUUAAGCUGGAAAGAGGGGG